AAGAACUAUUGUAAUAUAGCAAAGUAGUUAGACAGCAAAAAAGCAUGGAAACCCAAGGAAGUCUGGAAAAUUAUGUCUCAGUUUGGAAUCUGGGAAAUUCGGUUUGCAUUCAAAUGGCUCUAAGAGCUGCAAUAGAGCUCGAUGUCUUCAAUAUCAUUGCUAAGUCAGGGCCAGAAGCUCAUCUUACAUCAAAAGAAAUUGUUUCAGAAAUCCCCACCACAAACCCAAAUGUAGCAGCUAAGAAUUUAGAGCGAAUCCUUAAGCUUCUUAGUGUCAAUUCCCUCCUUUCUACCUCUCUCAAACCAAGCCUAAAUGACAAAACACCACAAGAAAGGGCUUAUGGCCUAACAAAAAAUGCACUUUGCCUGGUGCCAAAUGAAGAUGGAGUUUCUAUCGCACCAUUAAUUAUGUCAGGCUCUGAAAUGCACGUUAUACAGAGCUUAUACAUGCUCAAGCACUCAGUGCUUGAGCCAGAGAGUAUUCCGUUCUAUAAAUUCUACGGAGAAAAUUUUUAUGAAUACAUGUCCCAGAGACCUGAGACCUUUUCAUCGUUCAACAAGCUCAUGAGAACAACCUCUUAUUUAUAUUUUGAUCAGAAGGUGCUUAAGGUUUAUCGAGGUUUUGAAGAAGUGAAAGAGCUUAUGGAUAUAGGGGGUGGUGAUGGAAGUUCCCUUGCAAAAAUUGUGUCUAUGUAUCCUCACAUCCAUGGCAUCAAUUUCAACUUGCCUAGUGUUAUUGCUCAGGCUCCUAAAUAUCAAGGUGUGAAGCAUGUCAGUGGAGAUAUGUUUGACUCGAUACCAAAAACACAGUCAAUUAUAUUGAAGUGGGUACUUCAUAACUGGGAUGAUGAGCAUUGCAAGAAGAUAUUGAGAAACUGUUGGGAGGCGUUACCAGAAACCGGAAAAGUAAUAGUUGUGGAAUAUUUCAUGCUUCCCGAAGAAUUAGAGAAUACCCUAGAAACAAUGCAGAUAUUAACGGCUGAUGUUAUCAUGAUGACAUUUUUUUAUGGUAAGGAGCGAACAAUAGCUGAAAUUGAUAACCUAGCCAAAAGUGUAGGGUUUAUUGAAACAAAGAUUGUCCAUGUUUCUCAUGGAACAUAUGUUAUCGAGUUCCUCAAGAAAAAACAUUAAAUAGUUACCUAGAAUAACAUAUGUGAGAACAAAAAAUAUGCAAGAGAGAAAUAAUCAAGUUAUUAUCAUAUAUAUAUAUAUAUAGCCUAUAUAUAUAUAUAUAUAUUUUGUAACAAGAGAGAGUUCAUAUCUUUAGUGUACUUUCUUCACGAAUAAAAGAUAUUUUUGGUUGUAUUUGAGCCAAGAACCUUC